CAAAUGGGGGUCUAGAAUUUUCAGCUCUGCUGGACUUUUUCCCAGUUACAUUAUGUAGCAUUAGUUCCUCAUCAGUAAAAGAAAUGGCUUACCAAUCUUUUUUUGAAGGGAGUUUUUCAGAGCUAGGAGGCAACAGUUGCACAUUUGGCAUAUCUCUUGAAUGGCAUAGGAGAAAGCAGUUGGCUACAGGCCCUCGGGAAGAUAAAUUGUUUAUCUCUUGGGAUAUUCCCUGUAUCCAAAACCUCCCAAUGCAUAACCCCUAUGUACUAAAUGUACAUUUUUGUCUCACCUACAAGUUUAUCAAACAUAUCAAGGGAUACACC